GCUGAUGUUGCGGCGCUCUGCUGGUCCCGGACCUGCCGGGAUGACAUCCAUCUGGCGAGUGUAACUGCUUGGAAAGUGCCAUCCGCGGACUGUGUUGCAUUCCUGUCAGAAAGUGACCAGAGACCCGAGCGGAGCCGCAGCAGCAGCAGGUCCAGUGCAGGAGAGCCAUCGCCAUGUCUUCCAGCCCAGCCACGGCGCGCAUCCUGAUAAAGGGUGGAAAGGUGGUGAACGACGACUGCACCCAGGAGGCGGACGUCUACAUCGAGAACGGCAUCGUCCAGCAGGUGGGGAAGGAGCUGAUGAUCCCGGGUGGCGCCAAGGUGAUCGACGCCGCGGGCAAACUGGUCCUCCCCGGCGGCAUCGACACCAGCGUGCACCUGGAGGAGAGCUUCAUGAACGCCGUCACGGCCGACGACUUCUACAGCGGCACCAAGGCGGCUCUAGCUGGCGGCACCACGAUGGUGAUCGGACACGUUCUGCCGGACAAGGAUGAGUCGCUGCUGGAAGCCUUCGAGAGCUGCUGCCGCUCAGCAGACUCCAAGUCCUGCUGUGACUACGCCCUGCACGUCGGCGUUACUUGGUGGGGACCCAAGGUGCGAGCUGAGAUGGAGACGCUGGUGCGGGAGAAAGGAGUGAAUUCCUUUCAGAUGUUCAUGGCCUACAAGGACACGUACAUGCUGAGAGACAGCGAGCUCUUCCAGGCGCUGCAGCACUGUAAGGACAUCGGCGCCAUAGCCAGAGUGCAUGCGGAGAAUGGGGAACUGGUGGCGGAGGGUGCAAGGGAAGCACUGGACCUGGGCAUUAGUGGCCCAGAGGGGAUUGAAAUCAGCAGGCCUGAAGAGUUAGAAGCAGAGGCGACACACAGGGCCAUUACCAUCGCCAACAGGGCCCAUUGUCCAAUCUACUUCGUCAACGUGUCCAGCACGUCUGCAGGGGAUGAGAUGGCGACGGCUAAAAUGCAGGGUAAGGUGGUCCACGGGGAAACGACCACGGCCCACGCCGUGCUCAACGGGGCCCAGUACUAUCACCAGGACUGGGCCUGUGCUGCAGCCCACGUCACCGUGCCCCCUCUCCGCCUGGACCCCACCACUCCCAACUACCUAAUGAGCCUGCUCGGAAACGACACCCUGAACGUGGUGGCGUCCGACCACCGCCCUUUCACCAUCAAGCAGAAAGCCAUGGGCAAGGAUGACUUCACCAAGAUCCCUCAUGGGCUCCCUGGCAUUCAGGAUCGCAUGAGCGUCAUCUGGGAGAAAGGAGUGAUUGGAGGUAAAAUGGAUGAGAAUCGCUUUGUGGCAGUCACAAGCGCAAACGCAGCCAAGAUCUACAACCUGUACCCCAGGAAAGGCCGGAUCAUCCCCGGAGCAGAUGCGGAUGUGGUGGUCUGGGACCCCGAGGGAUCCAAGACCAUCUCUGUGGAUAACCAGUUCCAGGGAGGAGAUCUGAACCUGUACGAAGGCCUGCGUUGCCACGGCGUUCCUCUGGUCACCAUCAGCCGUGGCCGUCUGGUCUACGAAAAUGGCAUGUUCACGUGCGCCGAGGGCUCUGGGAAGUUUUGCCCCCUGAGAACGUUCCCAGAUUACCUCUACAAGAAGAUGGUUCAGAGGGAAAAGUGCCUGGCAGUGAAAGCCGUGGAGCGGGAGCCCUACACGGGCGACGUAGUGGCGGUGGUCAACUCGUCGAAGAGGGACUUUGGAGCGUCGGACCUGGAUACUCCGACGCGCCCCUGCACCAGGCACGGGGGCGUGAGGGACCUCCAUGAGUCCAGCUUCAGCCUGUCUGGUGCCCAGAUCGACGACAACAUUCCAAAGAGAUCCUCAGCCAGGAUACUCGCCCCUCCUGGAGGCCGGUCCAGCGGGAUCUGGUAACCAACGGGGAGUAAGAAUGAGACGUGGGGGAAACGAGCCGAGCAACGUGAUUGGUUUCCCUCACUGUAGGCCUGGAGCAUGUGUGGGGGUGAUGGAGACGUGUUUUCAUUUUGAACUCAGCACACUUACGUAGGACCGUAAAACAUUAAACUGGAUCAAGUUAACCUUACAGUAUGUGCAGUGGUCUAGCAGCCACGUUUCAGUCGAACGUUGAGCCAUUUUUUAUUCGCAUAGUCCAAUGUCACGAAUCACAAGUUCGCCUCACGUACGUUUGGCUUUGGCUCGUUUUAGGGGAAUUAUCAUUCAUAGUUUUAGGAAUAUGAGGGUGAGUCAUGUUUUUUAUGAUGCGAUUGUGUUACCUCACUGUAAAAUACAGUUUUGCACUUGUAUCAUGUACUAUUUAGAUGCCUUUUUACAUGAUUUACCGUCACAAUGUCUUUUUACUGCGAGCCACACUGAAUGAAAUGUAAUAAAUUAUUACAAGGUUGUCAGCAUGAAUGGAUAAGUCAGUUAUAUGAACAAUGAACUGACCUGUUGAUGAAAAGUAGCACAUUGCAAGCAAUGGUAACCUUUUAAACCUUUUGUAUAUUUAUUGUUUGUAUUGCGUUAUUUGUGUUGUUUGGUUUGAUACUACUGCAUUAGAUCCAUUUCCUGAAUAAGAAUGAUGUGUUUGCUUAGUGUUUUAUCAGUCAGAUUAGCAUUUGAGAUGAUGUCCACAGCCUUAUAGCAGCAUAGACUUGGAUGAACCCAUGCUGUGUGUACCGUGCAUGGAAGCAGGCACUGACGUGUUCAUUUUCCACUCCGAGCAAAAAGUCUCACCCAAAUGGCCUUUUUCUCACCCGAGAACCCCCCCGACACCCUCCCACACUGCCGCUACACGUCGUGACCUCUGACACGUUCACCGAACCCUCACUGCAGGUGUACAGCGUUCCUCAGACUGACGCGUCCCAUGUAACGCACCACUGUGAAGCACAGCCAAGGUGCAGCGAUUGUCCGGGGUUUAACAGCCGAGGUGUCGGUCAGUGAACGCCUCUUGUUGCGUUGCGUUGAAUGCCUUCACUUGCUACUGAAAGCUCAGCAUCGCGACAGGAAGGCAUUGACUUUGUUUAGCACCUACAGAAAAGCACUGAUACUGUCUAUGUUCUCAACUUCUAUAUUUGUUACAGUUUUUGUUUAUAGACGUGAAUAACUAUGUUAGUAUUUGUUUUUGUUGUGUUUUAGUCAAAACUGCAGUGCAGUGCAUCAUGUUUAGAACCUUUUACGCUCGUUCUACUGAUAUUUGCUGCAGACGCUCCAGUGAAGCUUGUCGCGUCGUCUCCCCCAGACGUUCACCGGUGCUGAACAAUGUGUCGUCACAUUGAAUUCCACUCAUCUCAUUAGUUUUUUCUUCCAGCUCUUGAUCACAGGUUUGAGUGCAAAUAAACCACAAUGAAAUCUCCAGCUGAA